AACUCAUUAGAUUAUGCUGACGUCAAUGCCAUACCCUCUCUUGAGACCAGGCCCAUAUCAUAUAUUAAAAUUAUGAUCAUGUGGCAAAAUUUCGGAGAAAACACAACAAGCAUUCUAACAUGCUAUACCUUUCCAAACUAUAUCAUUUGGAAUGAGAUGACUGACUCAUAGCAAACAAUAAGGGGAUGGAGUACAGAAAAAGCAGCGCAGACUCAUUCACAUCCAAACAUAAAUACGCGCGUCAAAAUACAAUACAAAAAGGAUGCCAAUAUCAAAAUAGCUUCAUUCUUGGAAUGCAUUUUGCAUUCGAGACAUUUGUUUUGGUUGUUAGUAAACAAAUAAAUGUGUGGCGACGGUAGCAGUCGUUUAGGGUGGAUUUUUGUUUUAUUUUUAACUUUUCAACCACAUUUUUGUCGCUUCGUGUGGAAAAUUGUAGCAAACAAAAAAGAAUCGAUUUAAUUGUGUCGCCUGAUUGACUCCAUUUAAAGCGAUUGAUAUGGAGUGAAUAAAGCGAUUUUCAUCCAGUCAUCAAGUCAAACAUUCAAUCAAAAGUUGUGUUCAUGUGGUUAGUGUGAUAUUGAAAUUAAGUGGAAAAGUUUACAUUUUUUGAUUUUGUGAAAUUAGAUUCUUGCAAAACAGAGGGAAAAGUUUUUUUUGGUGAAAAAUGUUAGCCGUUCACAUCAAUGUCUCCCAUGUACGAAGGUAUCGACGACGCAAGGUAAGUCCGGAGCGAACGAAAAAUUCUUUGGAGUAUUUGACAAAUGAACAGCUUGCAGUCUACUUUGAAGAACAAUCGAAAAGUAAUUUGCCCACUUCACGGAUUGAAUUGACCAUCAACUGCAAGGAUCUGUUCACAACGCAUAUUAUUCGAAACAAAACCGACCCGUACUGCGUUGUGAUGAUGAAACGAGAAUGGCAGAAGAAUUACAAAGAAAUCGCACACACGGAAACCAUCAAAAACACCCGUAAUCCCAAUUGGACAAAGAAAAUUCAUUUGGACUACAACUUUGAGAUAAUUCAAAACAUUCGAUUUGAAAUCCGAGACAAAGGUUUAAAAGCGGGCGAUUUCUUGGGGCGAUAUGAUACUCAACUGAGUAAAUUGGUAUCUUGCUAUGGCAGUCAAACGGUUGGAAAACUCGCUUGCAGCAUCGACGGGAUUGGUUACAAUGAUUGUGGCGAAAUUAUUAUUGUCGCCGAAGAAGUGCCAAGUUCCAAACAAACUGCAGAGAUUCAAUUGCGAGCGGAAAAAUUGCCAAAAGCUUGGCUCCGCAGUCACAAACCAUUUCUUCUCAUUUCAAGAUCGAAUGAAGAUAGCUCAUAUUCGGUUGUUACAAACACUGAACCAGUACAUUCGGCCAAAAAUCCCAUAUGGGAACCUUUUUCGAUACCAGUUGGCAUUCUGUGCGGAGGUGACUUUGAUCGUUGUUUCAAAAUCGAUUGCUACAACUACCGCGAUGAUGAUAAACAUAAAUUGAUUGGAACGUGUUAUGCAUCGCUGCAAAAUCUGAAAACAAUGUGUUUAAAUGGAGAGUCGCGGAGUUUGGUGAAUGAAAAGAAACAAAAAACAAGACCAGACUACGUUCCAACAGGUGUGUUGAAGGUGGAAAAGAUGAAUAUAUUUGAAGACAUUACAUUUUUGGACUACAUUCGCAAUGGAACCCAAAUGCAUUUUGCUGUCGCCAUUGAUUUCACUGCAUCGAACGGUGUUUAUACCGAUCCGAAAUCAUUGCACUAUUUGAGCGAAAAUCGAUUGAACAAUUAUGAGGUUGCUUUGAAGGGAGUUGGCGAUAUCAUACAGCAGUACGAUAGCACUCGGCUAUUUCCAGCAUUUGGUUUCGGUGCAAAGCUACCGCCAGAUCAGCAUGUUUCGUUCCAGUUUCCUCUGAAUGGCAAUCCGUUGCAUCCGUACUGCACCAAUAUCGAAGAGAUUCUAAAACAUUAUCGCGACCAACUGAAAGCCGUAGAGCUUUAUGGACCAACAAACUUCGCUCCGGUGAUUAAUGACACCAUUAAUAUUGCAAGCCAGUACCAAGAUGGAAAACACUAUUUUGUCCUCUUGAUAAUCACAGACGGCAUUAUUUCUGAUAUGCAUUUGACAAAACGAGCCAUUAUCGAGGCAUCGAAACUUCCUAUAUCGAUCAUCAUUGUGGGUGUUGGUGAUGCAGACUUUGAAGCAAUGGAAGUACUAGACUCAGAUAACAUUCGUCUAACUGUGGAUGGUCACACUGCCGAACGGGAUAUCGUACAGUUUGUGCCGUUGAAUAAUUUCUUAUCGAAAGACGGCGAAUACAUCAAAUCACAAGCCAGUUUGGCAGCAGAAGUUUUGAUCGAAAUCCCUGACCAAUUUCAAAGCUACAUGAUAUGGAGAGGAUUUAAACCGCAGACGGAUUCAGAUUUACCUGCUAACCCAUCGUCUAUAGUGCCAACGGCACCGAUAGCAGCGAGUUCCUAAAAAUAACAUUUUACACACAAAAAAUGAUGAAAAUAUUCACUCAAUUUUACC